UCACUCCUUGGUAUCCGAAACAAGCAUCAAAUUAAGCAUCGAGCUUUAAGACUUUAGAGAGAAGCAGAAAGAUCAGAGAGAGAUGGAGUUCCCAGUGAUUAACAUGGAGAAGCUUAAUGGUGAGGAGAGAGCUGCCACCAUGGAAAAGAUCAGAGAUGCCUGCGAGAACUGGGGCUUCUUUGAGCUGUUGAACCAUGGCAUAGCCCAUGAAUUCUUGGACACUGUGGAGAGAAUGGCAAAAGAACACUACAAGAAAGGCAUGGAGCAAAGGUUCAAGGAAUUGGUGGCAAGCAAAGCCCUUGUGGGUGUCCAAACAGAGAUCAAAGAUAUGGACUGGGAGAGCACCUUCCACUUGCGACAUCUCCCCAUGUCUAACAUUGCUGAGAUCCCCGAUCUCGAUGAUGAGUACAGGAAGGUGAUGAAAGAAUUCGCAUUGAAGCUGGAGAAACUGGCAGAGGAGCUUCUGGACUUGUUAUGUGAGAACCUUGGACUUGAAAAGGGGUACCUCAAAAGGGCUUUCUGUGGAUCUAGCGGUAGUCCAAACUUUGGGACCAAGGUUAGCAAUUAUCCACCGUGCCCCAAGCCAGACCUGGUCAAGGGUCUCAGGGCCCACACAGAUGCUGGUGGCAUCAUCUUGCUUUUCCAGGAUGACAAGGUCAGCGGUCUGCAGCUUCUGAAGGAUGGCCAGUGGAUUGAUGUGCCUCCAAUGCGCCACUCCAUUGUCGUCAACCUUGGUGACCAGCUUGAGGUGAUCACCAAUGGCAAGUAUAAGAGCGUGGAGCACAGAGUGAUUGCUCAAACAGACGGCACUAGGAUGUCGAUAGCUUCUUUCUACAACCCUGGAAACGAUGCAGUUAUCUAUCCAGCACCAGCUUUGGUGGAGAAAGAAGCAGAGGAGAAGAAACAUCUGUACCCGAAAUUUGUAUUUGAUGACUAUAUGAAGCUGUAUGCUGGGCUCAAAUUCCAAGCCAAGGAGCCAAGAUUUGAAGCCAUGAAAGCUGUAGAAACUAACGUCUAAUAGGGUCCAAUUGCAACUGCUUAAUCUUAUUCGCAGUGAAGGAGGGUUGGAAGUGUUUCUAUUUCUAUUUUUUUUUAAGAGUGGAAUAAAGAUUUAGUACUGAAAGGCUUUCAAGAAGCUGUUGUUUCUUCCAUAAGGCUUUCAAGGUCAUUUCCAUAAAGCUGUUGGAAAAUGAUCUUGAUUGCUCUGUAGGUAGACAACUUUAUUUUACAGGAAUAAGUUAUUUUUCUAUUGUUCUUUCCCUUCAA